AUGUAUGAUAAAAAAUAUGACAUAUUAUUAUUGGGGUGUACCGGUUAUACCGGUCAAAUGGUAUUAGAAUAUUUUUUGGAAAAUUAUGAGAAAAAGAUAAAAAGUGAAGAAAUAAAGCUAUUAUGUGGUGUUAGGAAUAUAAAAAAAUUAGACUCCUUUCGGUUUAGUAUAAGAGAUAAAAAUGAUGUUAUAUUAAAAAAAAUAAAUAAAAAAGAAAUGGAUAUUAAUAUUUAUGAAUCAAUUUUAAAUUGUUGUAAAAUAUCUAAAGUAGUAAUAAGUACAAUAGGACCUUAUAUUUUAUAUGGAUACAAUAUAAUAAAAGCUUGUGUAGAAGGAAAUUGUCAUUAUGUAGAUGUGUGCGGUGAACAUAAUUUUAUAUUAAAUAUAUAUAAAGAAUUUAAUAAAAUAGCAAUAGAAAAGAAACUUAAAAUAAUUCAUAGUGCAUCUUUUAUUUCAGCAAUUAGUGAUAUAGGUAAUUUUAUUAUUCAAGAAGAAUUUUUUCGAGAGUAUAAAAAAACGUGUCCAGUUAUAAAAAUACGUUUAUGUAAUGAGGGGAAUAAUUUAAGAACUAUUGGAAAAACAACUAUAAAGAGUGCUUUACUUUUUAAAAAAUAUAUAAAAAAUAAUUAUCAUAAAUAUUAUUUAUGUGAUAAUAAAUAUGAUGUACAACAUAAUUUUAAUGGGAAUAAUUAUUUAAAAAAAAAAAAAGAAGAAAAUCAAAAAGAAAUAGGUACAAAUAAUUUUCUCGAUUAUGAAAAAGAAUUUGGUUAUUGCUUUGAUACUUCUUAUUCUAAUAUUGAAGAAGCAUAUGUAUUAUGGUCUAAUUAUUUAUUAAAUUAUAAGUAUGGAAAAGAUUUAGUUAUAAAUUAUAAGCAAUAUGAUUCCCAUUUAAGUACACCCAUGUAUAUUUUUAAGAAGGUAUGUGGUAAGAUAUUUAAUUUUUUUCAAUCCUUUAUUUUUAUGGAUUAUUUAAUAAAUAAAUAUAUUGAUUUGUUUUAUAAACCCAAGACUAUGAAUGAAUUGAAAAAAGCAUAUUGGAAAUGUACAAUUAUUGGAGAAGAUAAUGAUAAGGAUGAAAAAGAAAAGAAAAGCAUUUAUUUAUAUUUAAGUGGAAAAAAUGAGGACCCUGGAUAUUUAUUAAGUGCAAAAAUUAUUUCAGAGUCAGCUAUUUCUUUAUUAAAAGAAAAUAAUUUGCCAAACACAUUUGGAGUAAUAUCUGUGUCUGUCGGUCUUGGCAAGGUUUUGGUAGAGAGGUUAAAGAAGGCCUCAAUACACAUGUCCAUAGAAAAAUGA